UCAUUAGUCAUCAAUACUUCUUUUUGGGCGAGUUGGUACAUCGCUUGUGUGUAUGUGUCUCUCUUUUUGUGGUCGUCUGUUUGCGCUGUUACCCAAAGUUUCAUUAGUCAGUUUUCGUUAAUUAGUUGAAUGUGUGCUUCGAUUCCUCGUGCAACUAAUGUCCGCCUCUUCGAAUAACCCCGCUCAGCGAUAAGAGUUAUGCUACCUGCAGCAGGCGAUUUUUUAAAAUUCCUUCAAGCUUAAUUUUGAACACCCGGUAUAUACAUUUACCACGUGACCGGCGCUAUUCAAAUUUCACACACACAUACACGUUUUUCCCACUUCGACAAUCUGUAUCCUAACUUAUUAAAGGAAGAAGGCGACGGAAAGGACGAGGCACCGAGCGCGUUUUCAGAAGAAGACGAAGAGGGCAUCGCGCGUCUCGUGCACUCGCAGCUGACGGCCGCUGAGCGUCGAAGCCUUCUUCGCUACACGCGUCUCAUCGGCAACGCGCCACCGCCCAGGCGACGUGUACGUUAUCUUGGUCGGUCUUCCCUGCUUCGCUUGGACACUUGCCCGAGGCUCCCCCGGACCCCGGGCUCGGCCCGUGCGAGUCUGCUGACGUCCCGUGUAUCGUCGACUGCUGGAUCGGCCCCGGGGUUGCAACACACAGGCGGAGGCUGCAGCAAGCAUCGGCGAGCGAUGGCGCUCCCUUCGUGUUUCCAGGCGCCGUUUGUCAACUCGUCCAAGCUGCCCGAGCCAUUACCCUCCUCUCCGACGCCUGUCACGAAGGUCUACGACGACGUCAUCCGCUUAAUCAAGCAGGGCAAGAUCAAGGAGGCCAAGAGCAUCGUGCGGACGCAGCACUGGCCCAUCGACCACCUGAACCGGGGCGAGCUGUGGCUGAAGCUGUGCCAGGGCCACGUCAAGGUGGGCCCGCCCGACGACUACUACCAGAACACGGUGAAGGAGUCGCUGGACGGCCAGUGGCCCACCGGCAUGCCGGCGUUCGCGGACCCCAUCUUCGACGAGGUCUACCUGCUCUCGGCCGAAGGGCAGCGGCGCGCCGAGCGGGUGCUGUACGUGGUGUCCGUCAACUACCCCUUCAUCACCUACUGCCCGAUCCUGCACCCGGUCGUCUGCCUGCUCCUCCACUACCUCACCGAGGAACAGACGUACGAAUGCGCUUGCGCCCUCAUCGAAGGCACCAUAGUGCGCCACCUGAGCCAAACGCGGCUCAUGUACGACACGUCGGCCCACACGCUCAUGAAGCUGACCAAGAACCUAGCGAAGAAGACGUACCACAAGCUACUGCGCAAGGUGCAACAGGAGGAGGACCUGGAGAAAGUAUUCCUCACGUGGCAACUGUGGAUCUUCCGCGGGCUGCCCUUCUACCACCUGGUGCGGACCAUGGACUGCUUCCUGAUCGAGGGCGUGAGAGCGUUGUAUCGCGCCGCCAUGGCCAUCCUCAUCUUUUUCGUCCAGGACCACUCGAGCGAAUAUCCCAAUGAGUCGGUGUUCGCCCGAGUGUUUGGAGGAAAGAAGGCCAAAAACAAGGCCAGUCCUUCGGGUGAGGGCGCGAUGGACGAGGCCGCCGCCUUCCUGGACCGGAUCAUAUUGUACCUCAGGGACAUGCCGUACAAUGUGGACAGUUUCCUCAAGACUGCCUACGGCAUACAGGGCGUCAGCACGAAGGUGCUCAACGAUCAGCUGCUCAAGUCCGAGGCGUACGUGCGCGGACACCCGGGCAAGCGACUGCUGGGGUCGCCCUCGGAGACCGGCGCCUCGGGCAGCCGCCUCGAGAUCACCUCGUCUUUACUGUCCAUCAAGAAGAGCAGAUACGGCGCCGCGAGCGCCAUGUCGGUCGGCAUAGCCCAGCUUACCAACUUCCAGUCGGAGAUUCUCAGCCGCGACCAGAUGGUCGUCUUGUGGAACUGGCUUCCGCCGCGCAUCACGAUGCUGCAGCCUGAGCUCAUCUACUCGACCAACGAGCACGGCAGCAGCCUGACCAACUUCUACGUGCACACGGACACUUGGGAGCCCACGGUGUUGGUGGUGCUGACGACGCGCGGUGAGCGCUUCGGCGCCUACUGCUCGACCCGCUGGCAGCAGCGCAAGCAGGCCUACUUCGGCACGGGCGAGUCGUUCCUCUUCACCUUCUCGCCGGAGGCCAAGCGCUACGCCUGGAUCGGCGUCGGCUCGAUGCACGACGUGCCGCACUCCGCCAAGCUGUUCAUGUCCGCCAACCAGACCAUGAUCCUCGUCGGCGGCGGGAACGGCAUGGGUCUGUACGUCGACCAAUCCCUGGAGAACGGUCGCACCGAGCACUGCGACACGUUCGACAACCCGCCGCUAGGCAGCAGCCACGACUUCGUCGUCAACAUCUUGGAGGUCAUCGGCUUUGUCUGACCUUUGGUCCGCUGGCCGCGAAAAUCGUGCCGAAUCAUCCAACGUGCUGCGCGGACAAUUUGUGAAGCAAUUCGCGAGUCGUCGCUGCACCUCAUCGGCGACAACCGGUGACUUACGCAAUUACUGAGACGAUUUAACCUUCACGGCGUUUCAGCAGUGUGCACUCAGGCGUCGUGUAAGGUCGCUGUUUCUUUAUUUUUUUUCUUUAUUUUUUAGCAUGGCGUGACUCUUCGCUGCCAGUGCCAAAGACGUGAACUUACGCUAGUAGUGUUAUGUCAUCUACACUGCCCCGCGAAGAUAACAUCGCAUAUUUUGUUUAGGUAAUUAUUGAUUCUUGUAUGUAUAACGUAUACGUCCGUGCUUACUAUGUGUACAGGAGCCUAGGGUACAGUGCGAGCUGGCGAACACGUUCGGUGUACCACGUGGUACACACAGACCGCGAGUACGAUCUCGCGAUGUCGUCGUUCUGUCGGUAUCGUCAACGUGCAAGUUUUCUUCAGCAAUCUGAUAUACAAAAAAAAGUUCUUAUCGUUACAAAGCUGCUGAGUUCAUUACAAACUGCACCUCAACUUGCGCCUCUCUCGCGAGGUCGUGAUGACGUCACUGUUGCAUCACUUCGGGUGGUGUGCAAUUGC